AUGCUGGAACCUCGUGUCCUACAUGACAUCGUGGCCUGCACCGCAGUUGUGCAAUCACCGGACGUGCUCACGCGAUGGUGGCUGCAAAAUGCCAACACCUCGCGGGCGCCAGAUGCCGGCAUCGCCAUCCCAAUCUCGCACUUCUCCAGCCGCUGGCACCUUGGGGACGGCCCGGCUGCCAAUGACGGCGCGUGGCCCGCGCAGCCGCCCUCGCUCAGCUUUGCGGCCAACUCCGAUGAUGGCGGCAGGGGCGGUAGCGGCGCGGCAGCGCCGCCAGCCGACCAGACUCUCGCAGCCACCGCGCUGGCAAGCAUCCGCAAGGGCGUCACGCGCGUGCCGGUGACGGCCGUCACGCCGCCGCGGCCGACAUCGGCCACACUUGCCUCAACGGACGCGCAGGCCGCCAUAGUGCAGCAGCAGGCCGCGCCGGACGGGGAGGCCUACGCCUCCCGGGUGGCGCGGAGCGCCGCCCGGGUGGCCGAACUUGCAGGGGCUGCCGGGGACUCGACGGCCGGCCUGAUGUGGAGCAGCGCGCUGGGGUCCGCGUUCCAGGACGGGGGGGCGGCUGUUGUGAACGGGGCAAGCGGGGCGGUGGGGCUCGCGGAUGACGCGGUGACUGGGGCUGGAGUGCAGGCGGCGCAGGAUAUGAGCACGCUGCGUGAUGGCCUCGCGGCGGCCGUCACGCCGAUCGCGAACGCCACGGUCGCCACCGCCGCAGCCGCCAGGCAGGCUCUCACCCAGGGCAUCGAGGACACAACGGAGCAGUUUGCGCCGGUGUUGGCGCCCCUGCGGCCGGGAAGCGCGUCGGAGGCGCUAGCCCCAGCAGUCGCACAAAUUGGCGACUGGUGGCGCCAGUCUCAGGAGCGCGCCAGGAGCAGCCUCAAUGACUUCCUCACACCGGCCUUAGCCGGCGUUGCCAAUGUCGUCUCGCCGCAGAAGAGGGAGGAGUGCAUGCAGAAAUUCACCCACUGCGGCUUCUGCUCGCCCAAUUUUGACCGAUGCCUCUUCUGCACGGCGCCUUUCACGCUAAUAGACAUCUCCUGCGCGUGCCCGCCAGGCACGUUUGUGUCAAGCGACGGCUCCUCCUGCAUCCCCUUUGCUGUCGCGCAGCUGGAGAAGCUUAUUUUGGCCAUCAGUCAGCAGAACGCUGCACUGGCCGACCGGGUCAACUCCCUGCUGCAUCUGGUCGGCCCGUCGCGGACCUGCCAGGCCAACAUCCCUUUCUGCCUCCGCUGCUCCUCCCCUGCCACCUGCGCCGUCUGCUCUGAUGGCUACAAACUGGACGCAGUGGGCAAGUGCAUCUGCGACCCGACGACGGCCGGCCCAGGCUGCGCUUUCUGCAUCGUGCCGGGAUCUUGCGGCAACCCCCUGGGAGGCACCAAGGCCAACCUGAAGGCAUGCGCAGAUUUCGGCAAGCGGCGGCAGUACGGGCGGGCCUACAACUUUGUUAAGGACCCUGUUACGGGCCUCGGCCGCUGCGAGUGCAACCCCCAGUCGACGCCGCACUGCGCCGCCUGCCUCUUCCCCGGCGUCUGCAAGUUCUGCAACGCGCCGUUCGAGCUCGUGGACGGCAAGUGCGCGUGCCCGCCGCUCUACGGGCCGCCAGUGAUGGACGAGGACACCUGCCUGCCCAUCUUUCUGGGACAGCAGGUGUACAUUACGGGUCCUACGGGCCCCACCGGAUUUGGACCUACGGGCCCCACGGGUAUCGCAAUUGGCGCCACCGGAUUUACGGGUAGUACGGCCUAUGGCGUCACAGGUUUUACGGGCUUCACAGGAUUCACAGGGUUCACCGGUUUUACUGGCCCCACCGGCUUCACUGGAUUUACUGGAGACACCGGAUUCACGGGCUUCACUGGCGACACUGGGUUUACUGGAUUCACUGGAGAUACAGGAUUUACUGGGUUCACCGGAGACACUGGAUUCACCGGAACCACAGGAGACACAGGGUUCACCGGCUUCACAGGAGACACAGGGUUCACUGGCAACACUGGGGACACUGGAUUCACCGGCGCCACAGGUUUCACGGGAGACACUGGUUUUACUGGCGACACCGGAUUCACUGGCAACACUGGGGACACCGGCUUCACUGGAGCAACUGGUUUCACUGGAGACACCGGUACCACUGGCUUUACUGGAACCACAGGCAAUACCGGCGACACCGGAUUCACCGGAGACACUGGUUUUACCGGAUUUACUGGUGCCACUGGCGACACUGGAUUCACAGGGAACACUGGAGACACCGGCUUCACGGGCUUUACUGGAAACACUGGGUUCACCGGUUUCACUGGGGACACCGGUUUUACAGGAGACACUGGUUUCACUGGCGCCACAGGAUUCACCGGGGACACCGGUUUUACCGGCUUUACUGGGAGCACAGGAUUCACCGGUUUUACUGGAGACACGGGUUUCACCGGCUUCACUGGGUUCACCGGUGCUACUGGCAACACUGGAGACACAGGUUUCACUGGCUUUACUGGAGAUACCGGUUUCACAGGCUUCACUGGAGACACUGGCUUCACCGGAUUCACCGGGUUCACUGGAGACACUGGCUUCACUGGAAACACUGGAGAUACCGGCUUCACUGGCGCCACAGGCUUCUCUGGAAGUACCGGUUUCACUGGCGACACUGGCUUCGCGGGUGCUACCGGUUUCACUGGCUUCACUGGAGACACCGGCUUCACUGGAGCAACAGGAGUCACUGGCUUCACUGGUGCCACUGGGUACUCAGGAGACACAGGGUUCACUGGAGCAACCGGCUUUUCAGGUUUCACUGGCUUCACUGGAGGCACAGGUUUUACCGGCUUCACAGGAGACACUGGGUUUACUGGGUUCCCCGGAUUCACUGGAGCCACAGGCUUCACCGGUUUCACAGGCGCCACCGGAUUCACCGGAGACACUGGAUUCACCGGUUUCACUGGAAAUACUGGGUUCACUGGCGCGACCGGCUUCACAGGAUUCACUGGCUUCACCGGCGACACGGGAUUUACUGGAGCCACCGGCUUCACUGGCUUUACUGGAGCCACAGGGUUCACAGGUUCCACCGGUUUCACUGGAGACACUGGCUUCACCGGAGUCUCUGGGUUCACUGGCGACACCGGCUUCACUGGGGCCACAGGCUUCACCGGCUUCACUGGAGCUACUGGUUUCACUGGAGACACCGGGAUUUCCGGGGCCACAGGCUUCACUGGCUUCACGGGAUUCACUGGAGCCACUGGCUUCACUGGUACCACUGGUUUCACCGGCGCUACUGGCCUCACCGGAGACAGCGGCUUCACAGGCACCACAGGCUUCACUGGCUUUACUGGAGACACAGGCUUCACUGGGUUCACUGGAUUUACCGGCUUCACUGGAGCUACUGGCUUCACUGGAGACACUGGAAACACGGGUGCCACAGGCUUCACCGGCUUCACUGGCGCCACCGGGUUCACUGGAGACACCGGUUUCACUGGCUUCACCGGAGCCACUGGCUUCACUGGUGCAACAGGUUUCACCGGAGACACAGGGUUCACCGGGUUCACUGGAUUCACUGGGUUUACUGGAGACACCGGCUUCACCGGAGCAACAGGAUUUACUGGCUUCACUGGAGCCACCGGGAUCACGGGAGACACAGGUAUCACGGGAGCCACUGGUUUCACUGGAGCAACUGGCUACACCGGAUUCACUGGAAACACAGGCUCAACUGGAUCAACUGGUGCCACGGGCUUCACUGGAGCCACAGGUUACACUGGAACCACUGGCUUCACCGGCUUCACUGGAGACACUGGCUUCACUGGGAAUACCGGGGACACCGGCUUCACCGGCGUCACUGGCUUCACUGGAGCAACAGGGUUCACUGGUUCCACUGGAGACACCGGAUUCACGGGAGCUACUGGCUUCACCGGCUUUACUGGAGCAACGGGCUUCACCGGAAGCACUGGUUUCACUGGGACCACCGGCUUUACCGGCGCCACCGGCUUCACCGGCUUCACGGGAUUCACUGGCACGACAGGAGCCACCGGUUUCACAGGCUUCACUGGAGCCACCGGUUUUACCGGCUUUACUGGAUUCACUGGGGCCACGGGCUUCACUGGAGCUACCGGCAGCACAGGAUUCACUGGCUUCACGGGUGACACCGGAAUCACUGGAGCCACUGGCUUUACCGGAGACACUGGCUUCACUGGAACAACCGGAUUCACUGGCUUCACGGGAGACACUGGCUUUACUGGAGCUACUGGCUUCACUGGAACCACAGGUUUCACCGGCGCUACAGGUUUCACUGGCUUCACAGGAGACACUGGGAUCACUGGAGGGACCGGAUUCACUGGAAGUACCGGCUUCACCGGUAACACAGGAUCCACCGGAGCCACGGGUAUCACUGGCUUCACUGGAGCCACCGGCUUCACUGGAGACACCGGUUUCACUGGCGCUACAGGCUUCACCGGCUUCACGGGAGACACUGGCUUCACUGGUGCCACUGGGUCUACCGGAUUCACUGGCGCAACCGGAUUCACAGGUUUCACCGGUGCCACUGGCUUUACCGGUUUCACCGGAGGUACUGGCUACACUGGCACCACUGGCUUUACUGGCGCCACAGGAUUCACUGGCUUCACCGGAGACACUGGGAUCACUGGCGCCACUGGCUUCACCGGCAGCACUGGUUUCACUGGAACUACCGGAUUCACUGGUUUUACCGGAGACACUGGCUUUACCGGUUCCACUGGUGCCACUGGCUUCACGGGAGCCACCGGAUUCACUGGAGGCACAGGCUUCACCGGCUUCACUGGAAGCACGGGCUUCACCGGUGCUAUUGGCUUCACCGGUGCCACCGGUUUUACCGGUUUCACUGGAGACACUGGCUUCACCGGUUCUACUGGAUUCACUGGGUUCACUGGGGACACCGGUUUUACCGGAGCAACCGGCUUUACUGGCGCUACUGGGAACACUGGCUUCACCGGAGCUACAGGAUUCACUGGCACUACCGGGUUCACUGGCUUCACCGGAGACACAGGCUUCACUGGUGCCACUGGCUCUACUGGGUUCACUGGCAGCACUGGAUUCUCUGGUGCUACUGGCUUCUCUGGAGCUACAGGGUUCACUGGAUUCACCGGUGCCACGGGUUUCACCGGAGACACUGGAGCCACCGGCUUCAGUGGAGCAACAGGCUUUACCGGCAGCACUGGAGGCACCGGUGCCACAGGAUACAGCGGUUUCACUGGCGCUACCGGUUUUACUGGAGACUCUGGUUUCACCGGCACCACUGGAGCAACUGGAUAUACUGGCUCUACUGGCUUCACCGGCGCCACUGGUUUUACUGGCUUCACUGGAGCAACUGGCUACACCGGAGCCACAGGCUUCACCGGAUUCACUGGAGACACCGGAUUUACUGGUUUUACCGGGAACACCGGCUUCACCGGCGCCACUGGGUUCACUGGCAGCACAGGCGCUACAGGCUUCACCGGUGCUACGGGACUCACCGGAUUUACGGGCGCUACGGGCUCCACCGGUACAAGUGGCAGUACUGGCUUUACGGGGGCAACUGGCUUCACGGGCGUCACUGGAGCUACAGGCUUCACUGGGUCCACGGGCUUCACUGGAAGCACUGGCUUUACUGGCAGCACUGGUUUUACUGGCGCCACUGGUUCCACUGGAGCAACUGGCGACACUGGGUUCACUGGAAACACUGGCUUCACUGGAAACACCGGUUUCACAGGUGGUACAGGCGCAACAGGUUACACUGGCGCCACCGGCUUCACAGGCUUUACUGGCACAACCGGAGACACUGGUAUAACUGGAAGCACUGGCUACACAGGCUCUACUGGCGCAACAGGCUUCUCUGGAGCAACAGGCUUUACUGGAUUCACUGGAGACACUGGCUUCACCGGGGCAACUGGCUUCACUGGGUCGACUGGAGUCACUGGGUUCACUGGUGGAACAGGAUACACCGGGUUUACUGGAAGCACGGGAGCCACCGGCUUCACUGGCGUCACUGGCUUCACCGGAGACACCGGCGCAACAGGUUUCUCCGGUGCCACGGGAGCCACUGGAGUCACUGGGAGCACGGGCUUCACUGGAAGCACUGGCUUCACCGGUGCAACAGGUUUCACCGGAGACACUGGAGCCACCGGUCUCACUGGAGCAAGCGGCUUCACUGGCAACACUGGCUUCACCGGCGCCACAGGAUUCACCGGCUUCACUGGAGCUACCGGCUUCACUGGCUUUACUGGGUUCACUGGGGCAACGGGCUUCACUGGAAACACAGGCGCCACUGGCGCUUCAGGCUUCACUGGCAGCACUGGAGGCACAGGCUUCACCGGCGCCACAGGCUUCACUGGCUCCACGGGCUUCACUGGAUUCACUGGAGACACUGGCUUCUCCGGCGCAACAGGAUUCACUGGCUCAACGGGGGGCACAGGCACCACAGGAGCCACAGGUUUCACUGGAUCGACGGGAGGCACAGGAUCAUCUGGCGCAACAGGUGCCACUGGGGGGUCGGGAGCAACAGGCUUCACUGGUGGCACGGGUGCCACCGGCCUCACUGGAAACACCGGCGCCACUGGCUCCACAGGAGGGACUGGCUUCACUGGCACCACUGGUGGAACAGGGGCUACUGGCGACACAGGCAGCACGGGAGGCACUGGCAUCACAGGGGUCACCGGCGGGACAGGGGCCUUGGGAUCCACUGGAGCCACUGGCUUCACAGGAGACACGGGUAUCACUGGAGCUACAGGCUUCUCUGGCGCCACUGGAGCUACCGGCUUCAGCGGUCCUUCUGGCGUCACUGGCAUCACUGGUGCAACUGGAUUCACCGGCAGCAGUGGAGACACAGGAGUCACUGGUGCCACUGGCUCCAGAGGAUUCAUUGGAGCCACCGGCUUCACCGGAGCAAUUGGAACCACAGGCUCCACCGGCUUCACUGGAGGCACCGGCGCAACAGGAGGCACUGGUGGCACAGGCUUCACAGGCGCCACUGGCUCCACCGGCACCACUGGGGGGACAGGCGGCACUGGAGGCACUGGAGCCAGCGGAUCCACGGGGAACACUGGAGCAAGCGGCUUCACCGGAUCGACAGGUGGCACUGGUGCAACAGGCUUCACUGGGCAGACUGGCGGGACUGGAUCGACUGGAACCACAGGCGCCACCGGCAGCACAGGAACCACAGGCAGCAGUGGCAUCACUGGCUCUACUGGCUCCACAGGCUCUUCUGGACUCCAGGGCUUCACAGGGGCAACAGGAGCCACUGGAAACAGCGGAACAACAGGUGCCACUGGCCUCACUGGAGCGUCUGGGGCCACUGGCUUCACUGGCUCUACUGGGGGCAGCGGCGCAACUGGCUCCACUGGAUUCUCAGGCGCAACUGGCACAACAGGAGCCACUGGUUUCAGUGGCGGCUCUGGCGCGACAGGCUCCACAGGCUUCUCUGGAGCAACAGGCGGCACUGGCUCAACCGGAGGUACUGGAUCCACUGGCGCCACUGGAGGCACUGGCUUCUCAGGAGCCACAGGCUUCACCGGCACCACAGGUGGCACCGGCUUUACGGGUUUCUCUGGCGCUACUGGUGGCUCCGGCUUCACCGGCGCCACAGGUGCUGCGGCCACCGGAGCGACUGGCGUCACAGGAAACACCGGCCCAACCGGGGGGACCGGGCCGAGCGGGUCAACAGGGGCCGUGGGCACGAGUGGAGCUACCGGAUCAACAGGAGUCACUGGAACAACCGGCACCAGUGGACCCACCGGCUUCUCUGGCGGCACUGGUUCCACUGGCCCUGGUAUCACAGGAGCCACCGGCGUCACUGGCCCCACCGGUCCCACUGGCCCUACAGGUUUCACGGGCGGAACAGGCGGCACGGGCGGCACAGGCUUUGCCGCGACGGGCGCCACGGGACCGACCGGCCCAACCGGCGCGCAGGGAGUCACGGGCGGCGCAGGAUGA